AUGGCCUCCGAAGCUCCCCCACCGAUUGAACAGCAGUCUGUGCCUGCGACAGAGGCCACAGACAUCCAGAUGAAGACCGAGGAGCCGGCAGCUGAGGAGGACCCCAUUGCCCCGGCACCCGACCGCGUGCUUACACGCAAAGACGUCUCGUUGCGCGAGCUUCUUCACAGGAUCGACGACUAUGCGCCCAUUAUUCCCGACGCCGUCACACACUACUACAUGACAAAGGCCGGCCUUCCACCCCCACCGCAGACCGAUCCCAAACUCGCCCGCCUGCUCGCCCUGGCCACACAAAAGUUCAUUGCCGACGUCGCUGCCGAUGCCUAUCAGUACUCGCGUAUCCGCGCGUCCAACACGAACCAGAACAACCCCAUGGGCAACCUCGGCGCAGCCGCUGGCUUUCCGGUGCCAGGACAGCAGGCAGGCGGGGGCCAGCCUGGCGUGGCGCCCACCGCUGGGAAAGAUGGCAAAGGCGCGACGGGACCGGGCGGUGCUCCGCUGGGCAUCCAACGGCCCGGCUACGGUGGUGGCGGCCAGGGCGGAAGCCAGAAUCGCACAGUACUGACGAUGGAGGAUCUCGGCAUGGCUGUUGGCGAGUAUGGCGUGAACGUCAAGAGGAGCGAGUUCUAUCGCUAG